UCUUUCUUUUGCUUUGCAGUGCUGUGCAUCACGCCGGAAUUCGACUCGUAUGAGGCGAAUGUUACCUCAACGAAUGGAACAACGGCUGUCUUACCCUGCACCAUCAACCACCUCAGUUCCCAUCAGGUGGUAUGGACCAAUCCAGAUUCAACAAUCGUAUCUUUGCAAAUUCAGCGUAUAAUUGACGACGUUAGAAUCAGUGUGGAACGACCAUAUAUCAAAGAUUGGCACCUCCAUAUAAGGAAUGUACGGGUGAGUGACAGUGGGGAGUACACGUGUCAAAUCAAUACAACACCAGUGAAAAUGAAGAUUAUUAAUUUAAAAGUUGUUGUGCCACCAACAAUAAUCAGUCAUUUGUCCAGUACAGAUAUGGAGGUACGAGAAGGUGACACAGUUACAUUAAUAUGCAAUGUUACUGGUAUUCCACACCCAAACGUCACGUGGUAUCGACAAUCAGCCAGUAAUGACUAUUCUACAAUGGAAAUUGCAGUCGAUGUCUGCUUGAAGAUGGCCGAUAAGUCUGGUUUACAAGCGGAAAGUUCGAGAGCAAGACCAAACAAACCAGGAAUCGGACAACAAGGAGAAGUUUUAGUAAUCCAUAAUGUCAGCCGAUAUUGUGAUGAUGUGUAUGAAUGUGUAGCCAAAAAUGGUAUUCCACCCGUUGUUAGUCGAAAAAUAAAAGUUUCCGUCGAUUUUGCACCAGAGGUACAGUUACGGAAUAAACGAAUUGGUCAAGUUAGUGGGCGAGAAACUAUUUUAGAUUGUCGAAUUACUGCUUCACCGCAGGGUGUGACAGUAUGGAUGCGAAACGGAAAAGAACUUUUUAACAAUGAAAAAUACAGCAUUGAAGUUUUUAAUGAAGGAGGACAUACUAUAACUCUAAGUCUACGAAUAACUCAAAUUAAGGCAAGUGAUUUUGGAGAAUAUACUUGUCUAGCAUCGAAUCACCUCGGAAGAGACAGAGAGACGAUGGUACUUUACGAAAAAAGACGGACAACUCCGGCACCAACCGCGAAUAGAACACACAAAAAGCGUCCUUUUAUCAAUUACACAAAUACCGAACACCUGAAUCGCGGGCAAGAGGACAUAAACUUGGAUAAAAAUAUUGUGGUGACCGUCAAAAAUUUUUCUAACCAGUCAUUUAAAAACGACCCUAGCCGUCCGUUAGCACCAUGGUCAGAAUCUUCCGGUUGCUUCAGUAUUAUCAAUGAUAACGGGCUCUGUCUGAAGUCUAUAGGCAUGUAUAUCUUCGGCAUUAUAAUCAGCAGUGUUCUCAGUGACCAUUCUCUUCUCUAGCAGCUUUAUACGUACGAUAUCGUCUACAAAACCAAUCCUGAAACUUCAAAUACAAAAGCUCAUCAAACAUGUUUUAUUUCAUAAAUCAUAACAACAAAGUCGGUAGCCAUGCUAAAGAGACAUUGAAGACGCCCAUUCACAGCUAUGCUCUUAUUGGAAUGGCCAAAUCUGCUGACAAAAAGCUUUUUGUAUCAAUUUAAAUGUGCAAUCAUCGGCAAAAAAAUGAAGGGCCAGAAAUAAAGGGAGAAGAAAACGGAUGAAUUAAGAUGAAAUGAGACUUUUAAAUACAAACUCAAGUACCUGAGAAUUACGAAAUCAUAGUUAGGCAAACUGGACAGCUAUGUUUAUGUGUUCUCAUCUAGAGAAAGACUUUAAACAACUUGUUUAACGUUAAAUCUUCCUAAUUAUUUAGGAGUAUUAAUGAGUAAAGAGACUUAUUCACAGGGCAAAUGUAUUAAUUUACAUACAAUAUGACAGUUGUUGGAAAAUGUUUGCCUGAGAAAUAGCCACAGUUACACAAAGAAAUGUUUCUGAAAUUCUAUGGCAAGCUACCCCUGUAGCCUGUUUAUAGAAAGUAUAGGAACUAUAAUAUUAAAAGAAAUAUAUGACAAUAAUCUUAAGCCAAUUAUCUUCCAGCCAGAACAAUGCGGAAACUUCUUACUUCCUGAAUGUUUACGUCUGUUAAUAUUCAGGUCCCUGAUAAAAAAAAAGAUAUAUAUAUAUAUAUAAUGAUAUAAACGAAAAACAAACAAAUAAAUAAAUAAAACA